CAAAAUAGCACCACAAUUGGACUACACUACUGCUGGAUUUUUUCGGAUUCAUUCUACACUGUACGAUAUGAAGGGAAUACCUGCUUUGGCGAAGGCGCUAGCAUCUGAUCAGAUGAAAAUAAGAAAAAGGGCACAGUUUGAAGUGGAGAACAUACUGUGCAGCCAGACUAAAGAUGACACAGCUCUACCCACUUACGGGGAAAUGUUGGCCAUCUGCAAAGGUUUGCAUUACACGCUAUGGAUGCAAGACAAACUGUUGUUGAAGGAGGAGGUAGUUCGCCGAAUAUGUCACAUACUGCCGUUGAUUCCACAUCCAACCAUGCGCUUACACUACAUCAACGCCAUGUUUGAGACCUUGGCUCGUGAAUGGGAUCGUUUGGACAACUGGCGAUUGGAUAAAUUUAUGCUGCUUACUCGUGAUUUUUUCACCCAGGCCUUACACAGUCUAGUCCCUGUCGAUCGCGAAGUGUGGAAUCAUGUAUUAGAGGCAGUGUUUGACAAAAUCCUCAAUGCUGAUAUUCAACACGCCGUUGGCUUGAAAAUGCACAUGUGCACUGUAUUGAGUGAAGAGCUGCCUAAAAAGAAGAUCAAAGCAUUCUGUGUCGUGUUGACAUUAGUGCAUUUGGUCUCCCGUCUAGUGGAGCUGCCCAGACAUCACGCGUAUGCACAUAACUUCCUUCGAGUCAUCCAUACCUUGUUGAGCACGCUACGAAGACAUUCGAAGCCGGACACGACACAACUUGAAGACAAACUAACUUCACUCAUUUCGCAGCGUGGCACACAUUUCAAAUCCCUUCAGCGCAUAGCUACGAUAGUUCACUCGAUUGUAGAGAAGAAAAAGAGACAGGGGCGUGACUCAAAAUCAGCUGCCUCUGGAGCUACCCCGCUUACCGAUACAAAUUGCUCCGUCGAAGUUUCAUUUUCUCCAUCGGAUUGUACAGUCCCGGUUACUUUGUCUUCUUCUCAAAAGGAGUCAAAGAAGCGGAGGAAAACUUCGCAGAAGGGGAAAACAGCUCAUAAAAAGCGUCGUUUAAUGGAAAACUCUUCAGAGGGUGAACCGUCUAUGGUCCGUAACAGCUCGAAUAAUGAGAUUGCCCAACUGCCACAGUGUGCAUCAAAGAGCGAGGAAAUUUCGCAAACUACCGAUGUCCCAAUGUCAACUUCAGAUCCAGUGAAUGAACACAUCUCAAAAACUCCCCAUCAAACGACGUGCUCAGUUUCCACACCCGUGGAUAGCGUUGACAAAGCAAAACGACGAGUUUCAUUUGGAAAGGUGUUUCGAAAAAGGUUCAUAGCCUCACAACGACUUUCCAUGACUCCAACUGCAAAAACGACCCCCAAAAAGGGUAUCCUAAGAGAUCAAGCACAACAAGGAACGCGUUCUCGUCUCUCCUUG